AUGACGGUGCUGCCCAGCGUCUUCAGCCUCUGUUCAGUGAGGCCUUGGCUAGGGACAGGGGUCCCGGGUGGUAGCAGUGUCGGAGGUGUGGCCGCACGGAGCUUGGCUUUGGGUGGGGGUGACAAUGGUAGUACUUACGGACCCACGGAGGAUUCCAGAGUGAUGCUCACAAGUCUAGGGGUGCCGGCACGGUGGAACCGCAUGAAACCCCUGAAUAUUUCAGAUCCUUUGGUAAUUCCGGAGUCUCCAGACCCCACUGGGACUCCAGGAUCAGGGACUCCUUCACCGACCACAACUGAAGGUGUCAUGGAAUCCAGCAGUAGCUCUCCAGAAGAACCGUUUGCUCCAGAAGCAUGUGGCCGAAGAAUUAUGGAGUUAAGUCACGGAAGGCCAUCUGCUGUGAGGAAGUGGCCAUGGCAGGCGAGCCUGCAGAGCAGAAACGAGCACAUCUGUGGAGGCUCCCUCAUCAGCCACCAAUGGGUGCUGACUGCGGCCCACUGCAUAUAUGACCACGAGGAAUACAAGGUGAUGCUGGGAGACAACGUGCUGACUUCUGAAUCUGUAAAUCAGACUCUCGUCCCCGUCAAAGACAUCAUUUAUCCUUCCAAUUUUGACUCUCAGACCAUGAAGAGCGACAUUGCUCUUGUUCUGCUGGCCUUUGCUGUGAACUACUCCUCACAUAUCCAGCCUGUGUGCCUUCCCGAGAAGCCCUCCCAAGUGGAGAACGGAACAUGGUGCUGGGUGACCGGCUGGAACCGUGAAAAUGGUGAGGCUGAUACAGUCUUCACUUCAGCUCUCCUCCAGGAGGCCCGGCAAAACAUUCUUCUCCAGAAGCCUUGUAAUCAGCUGUUCCAGAGCCGGUUAAAUACACCCGAAAACCUCGUGAUGAAAGGGAUGGUCUGUGGCCAGCAUGACUCAGGACAGAGUCCUUGUUGGGGAGAUUCUGGGAGCCCCCUUGUCUGUGAAUCUGAGAACACGUGGACCCAGGUGGGAAUUGUGAGCUGGGGCAUCAACUGUGAUGAAGUCCCUGUCCCCUUGGUUUACACAGACAUCGUUGAAUACGAUUCAUGGCUCAAAGAUAUUCUAAGUCUGGCUUCCUGUACAAACGCCAUGGGAGUCUUGGUCCUGCACCUGUCUCUGGCGCUGCAACUGGCCAUCUUGGUCAGUUGCCUUCCUUAG